CCACAUAUUUUCUUGUGCAACCGAUGAUAUUCACCUUCAAAUGGCUUCGCCAAUAGUUCGGUCCCCUUUUCCGUUUCCCAACAUACUUUUCAGCCUUUGAUUUUAUGUAAUACUACAAUUAAGUGCCACUUAUCAUCUAAACUUAAUUUAUUUUCUGCAGAUUGCAUUAUGUUGGUAAAAUCCACUACAUAUUCUAGUAUCUGCAAUUUGUCUCUCAAACCUUGUAAUUGAGGGAGCCCAAGUUCUAGACCAGCUGAUUGUAUCAUUUUUGCUUUUUCUAUUCCAUAUUCUGCAACUUGCAUUCUCAACCUUCUUCAUAAACACUUGAUCAAGAAACAAUAGUUUCAUGCCCAGAAGAACAAUUUCCUCUCCUUCCGCUCCCCGAUUCGUUGACCUGAAAAGCUUCUGUCACCGGAGCAGCCAUUACUGUUUGGAGCUUCAAGAUCUGUUGAUUACCCGAUUCAAUUUCACGAAUCUAAGAUUGGAUCAUUUUGAUAAAAUCUACCGCGCGCAUUUUCUCUCUCAAACCUUGUGAUUGAGGAAGCCUAAGUUCUAAACGACUGGUAUAACUUUUCAAUACCUACAUAUACUCCUUCACAUCGGUUUUUUCUUCUCUCGAAAGCUUGAUUUUAAUAUAAGCUUUUUUGCUAU